CAAAUUAAAGGUUGCCAACUUUUCAAAAUGGUGAAACUAAAAUUAUUCAUUCUAAUUUUAAUUCUCCAAGCCUUGUCAACUAUCGAAGGAAAGGCUGAAAGAUUGGAGUCAUAUAAUGUUGAUCAGAACAAGGUAUCUAUAUCUGGAAUAUCGUCUGGUGCUGCCAUGGCAACACAGAUGCACGUGAUUCAUUCUGCUGACUUUAUGGGUGUUGGCAUCAUCGCUGGAGUUCCAUUUGCUUGCUCUGGUGGAAACUUGGUAGGUGCAACAACUUGCAUGCAAACACCUAGCUUGGAAUCUGUAAGUUCAUUUGAACUUUUGACUUCUUCUGGAGCAUUGUUUGGGAAUGUUGAUUCUACAUACCACAUGAGACAUGAUAAGGUGUACAUCUUUGCAGGUCAAUCAGACUCAGUUGUAAAACCCGGAAAUGGACCAAACAUACAACGAUAUUACAACCAUUACACGUUACAUUCUAAUGUGAAAACAGUAUUCAAUAUAAAUGCAGAACAUUGUCAGCCGACUGACAAUUAUGGAGGUACCUGUAACGUUCUAUCAAAAAGCAAUUAUCUGAACAACUGUGGAUAUAAUGCUGCUUUUGAACUUCUUAACUGGAUAUAUGGAGAUCUAAAGAUACCACAGGCAGGGAAACCCUUAACUGGACAGUUGAAGACAUUUGACCAAUCCACAUUUUUCCAUCUAUCCGUUCCUAUAACAUACAGUUUUGACAAUACUGGAUAUGUUUAUGUUCCUUCUGGUUGUGUAGACAAACAAACAAAAUGCAAGCUUCACAUUGCACUUCAUGGAUGUCAACAAGGAAGACAUUUUAUAAAUGACGAAUAUGUGAAGCACGCCGGCUACAAUGAAGUUGGAGAAGAAAACAACAUCAUCAUACUGUAUCCACAAAUUACUCCGAUUCCAACUAAUCUUAAUGGUUGCUGGGACUGGUUUGGUUAUACUGGCUCAUAUUUUGCUACGAAAAGGGGGUUUCAAAUUACAGCGUUGGACAGAAUGCGACGACAGGUUAUUGGACAGUAAAUGCUGUGUUUGAAAGUAU